UCGCAGCUGAUCCAAGAUGGAGGCACUAUACUCGAUCCCGUUCUCAGUGUUGGAAUGCCCCAAUUUAAAGCUCAAGAAACCGUCUUGGGUGAGGGCUCCGUCUGCCAUGGUGGUGUACGGAUUCGUGCUCGUUUCGUACUUCCUGGUGACUGGAGGUAUCAUCUAUGACGUGAUUGUGGAGCCCCCAAGUGUUGGAUCAACCACUGACGAAAACGGACAUGCAAAACCAGUAGCCUUCCUGGCAUACAGAGUAAAUGGACAGUACAUCAUCGAGGGUCUGGUGUCUAGUUUCCUCUUCACCCUCGGUGGCCUGGGCUUCGUGGUACUGGACAAGUCCAACGCUCCCAACCUCCCCAAACUCAACCGCUUCCUGCUCAUGUUCAUCGGCUUUGUCUGUGUCCUCAUCAGCUUCUUCAUGGCCAGGGUCUUCAUGAGGAUGAAACUUCCAGGUUACCUGUCUGGCUGAGUGAGAGACACAGAGGACACAAGAGCAGACGGUUUGGAGACGUCCGUAGAUGGUCGACUGUCCACAAUCAGACACGUUAAUGAUCCCAACAUUACCAGUACUUCAGUUUCAACAAUCAAUGACACGUCAGAGAGAGAAAAAGAUCCUGCUAUUCAAUAAUGAAGUAGUGUUUGAAUAUUUAAAUCCUAAUAGAUUUGUAUUCAAUAAAGGGCAGAUUUUAUACGCGAUAAAA